CCUCUUCUGCCACCGCCUGCCGAGCAACAGUUGCGCUCUAGAACCCGAACCACCGAGGAGGGAGGAAGCCGCCGCCGCCACCCCCAGCUCGCCCUCCGCCGGCAUGGGCACAGGCAGCAGCAGCUGCAGCCCUGCCCGCCGCUGGAGGAGACCGCGGUGGGGCAGCGGGAGCGGCAGCGCCCCCGCCAGGCCGUGCGGGGCAGAAGAGCGGGAGAGGGCGGACGCAGGGGCCAGGUGCGGCCCCGCGCUGGCGCAGGCUCCUCUGCCGCCGCUAGGGGAGCCCGACUCGGACUCGGAGCUGCUGGACCAAGUGCUGGCGGAAUGCGAUGCUGACGGGCCGGUACAGCCGCCUUGUCCCCACCCCUCGCGCCUCGCCGGGCAUUCCUCCUCCAGCCCGGCAGGGGGCGGCGAGGGGGACCAAGCCCGCGGGGACCGGCAGAUUUUAUUAUCAAGAGCCAUCCCAGCUUCGGAGAACAGUAACUUCGCCAACAACCUCCCACUCAAGAAAGCUGAGAGAAAGUCCAAGACAUCCUACGACUAUUCUGAAGAGGAGAUGAUGGCGGCUAUCGAAAAAGAAUAUGGUCGCUGAAGUCCAUUGCCGCCAUACCAGAAUGAAUCUGAACAGGAUCACUGUUGCUGCAAAGAUAAACAUUCUAAGGAAUACUGCAAGUUUAAUCAAAUUGGGGAAGUGGGGGAACAAAUAAGACUGAAUUGAAGGAACGCCACAAGGAAACAUCAUCUUGGUCUUAGGAGCAAACUAUCUGAAAACUUACUUCAAAAGGGCAACUGCCUUACUUUUUUGGGGGGGAGGGGGUUGGAAUCUAAUGUUGACCCCUUUAGCCCUAAACAUACAUGCAAUCUGUGUUUCUGUCAGACAUUUGCCUCUUUAUAGUUAAAAACUCUACUUGACUAAUAGAAAUGAUCAGCAAGGAAGAUCAACCUUCCAUCAUCCCUAAGGGCUGGCCAAGACAUCAGUUUUCCAUGAUCAGGCUAAUAGUUGAGCAGGUAAAAAGCAGAUUCUGUCUCAUCCCCACUCCUUGGUUUCCCUGGCAUUUUAGAAAACCAGGGGCUGUGCAGCCUCUCCAUCUGAAGUACUAUACUCAGCAUCACAGUUGCAGUUGAAAUGUUACUUCCAGUCCCACAGAGUUCACUGAAAACACCUGGUGGGGUUUUCUUCUUCCAUGAAACCAUCCUGCCCCCAGCAAGCAGGUUUGAAAAGUAUAAGAAAGGCUAGAGUUCCCGAAACUAAAUCUUUCCACCCCCAGAAUCAGUUUCCAAAAAAGCCUUGAAUGCCUAUGGGCAUCACACUCACAGUUCUUGAGACACUCAUGGCGGCCAACAUAUUAUUGGGAUUUGAAUCCUAUCUUAGCAGUUGUCAAAGUAAUAUUACUGGACCACCAAAGCAGAACUGGUUAAAAUUUUGCUCUUUUGAGCCGCCUGUUCUCUAAUGUUUCUCAGCCUUUUGAUGUCAUAAAAAUGCCUUCUUAUAAGGUGCUCUGGCCUGAUUUAGCCUUGCCAAUUCUAAAUCACUUGGUUAUGUGAGAAGAAUGGGAAUAGGAAAGGUUGAAGAAAAAUUAACUGCCCAGAAUUGUAAAUUCCAUUUUACUGGAAGAGGAAUUAUAACUGAGCCCUUUGGAGUAGGAAGACAAGACACAAAGACUCCCUUCUUCCCUGAAAUGAUUGAUGGGUAGUGCAAGAGGUCCCUGACCUGAGCAGUACACUACAGAGGAGGGAAGACAACCUCCAUACAUCAUCAGCCCCUUGAGGCAGUGAUAACAGCACUGUAAAGAAGACCCAGCAGCUUCAUGCUUGGGGCUAACCAAGCUGUUUUUCGUCCCUUCACAAUUCUAUAUACUUUCACGGGAUUAAGCAGUUCAGUUUUCCCUCCUCUGCUGUUUCUUUAACUGACCCUCAGCUGUUAUUAAAAUUCCAAGCCUC